AUGGUUCCCCCAUCCUGUGCCACCUUGAUCGCAAAAGGCGUCGAGGUUUCGCCGCAGGUCUUGUCAAUGGUGGCUGUGGUUGACGUUGAAGUGUUGGUGAAGCGCGGCAUGGUGUUGUUCCGCCAGCGUGCCGGGUCGGUCGUGUUUGAGAAGCGCGCGCUUGAUGUUCCCGUGGCGUUGAGAAAGACAAAAGGGGCUCUGACAGACGUUGCGUUGGUGUUGGCUCUAGUGGCGUUGACGUCAAAAUGCGUCACGUUCAAUAUGGUGCUGUUGGAGCCGAACCUGACGCUAGUUGGCAGCGAUCCAAAUGUCGACGUCGCCGUCGGCGUGCUGGCCGUCACGACGGUCGAGUUCACGCCAAGGCACGAGCAGGCCGACCUGUAUGCGUCCGAGGAUGAGCAUUGCGAUGCGUACGCGGGAGUCUCUGUCGGAAAUUCAGCCGUCCGCGACGUCGACUGGCGCCUUCGCAGCCUGUCCACCGCCUCAUGCUCCGACGCCCAAACCUUCCACGGCUCGUCUCCAGAUGCACGUUUCAGCAACGACGCUGUGGAACUCGGUCCUGCGUGUCCCCAGUGUCAGAUGGCUUCUGGAACCCCAUCUACCAGUAGUAUACAGAUCUGCACAGACGCUGCCAGAGUUCACUGA